UACCCCCUGCUUUGGGGAAAUGGUGCCAGUACCAGACAGAUUGUGAUGGUUUAACUCAAAUUGGGAAUUUUACAUAAGAUGCAAAAUAUACAUUGGGAGUUCCUUUUAUCCAGGAAAACAUGUAUAAUAUGCAUAAUAUACACUUAAAAACCGUGUAUUAUUAACUUCAAUGAUCUUUUUGUUACUUUAGGUUGAAAAAAAGAAAACAAUUGUACAUAAAUAAUAUUUAGGUGUGAAACACUAAAAGUACGAAAUGAACUGGGUACGAAUAUGGAAUAUGUGGUUAUACUUGGUUAUUAUCCUAUAUCACUUAUCAUCAUGGAAGCAUCCAUAAUAUACUGGUUUGUUUAGCUUUUUGAGGAAUUGUCAGUGUUAUUUUGGGCUCUUUGCAGAUAUGAAAUGGGAAUUUGCUGUCUAUUUUUUCUUUUGGGAACUAUGCUGUUUUCUGGUAUAAGUAAUUUAAGGGAAAAAAAAUGUUAACAAGGAAGAGGUGUCAAAACAGGAGUAAAGAAAAAAGAGGAAUAAAGGUGAUUUUGGAGAAACUGUGUCUGCAGAUGAGGGCAAAAGACGAGAAGUAUCAUUGUCUUCUGGCUACAGAUUCUUUUACAAUUUUAGAGGCUCAGCAUUUUGGAAGAGGUGUCAAAACAGGAGUAAAGAAUAAAGAAAAAAGAGGAAUAAAGGUGAUUUUGGAGAAACUGUGUCUGCAGAUGAGGGCAAAAGACGAGAAGUAUCAUUGUCUUCUGGCUACAGAUUCUUUUACAAUUUUAGAGGCUCAGCAUUUUGGUAUAAAUUAAUUUCUCAUGUCAUUUUCUUUA